UAGUGACGAUGAUGAAUGAUAGAUAAAAUUUCUUUGGCAGCCGUGCUUCUCUGCUUCUAUGAGGCUCUGCUUUAGUACUGUAUAUAAUGGAAAUUUUACAAUAAUAGACGAAUCUACAAGGGAAAUUUUAAAGACAGUUUCACUGAAUCUGAACUUGGGCAACUAUAAACAUAUCAUAUGUUCUACAUGUUCUGUUAAACUGUACUCUGCAUUUGACUUUAAAUGCAGUUGUCUAUACGUUGAGGACAAAAUUGGUUCAUAUGUUAAUCCCAAAAUGCCUUUUGUCGAUUUAAGAGAAGUUUAUUUAAAGGAACAGGAGAACAAAGCCAUGAUUAAAAUAGAGGCUGACCAGAAAAUAUGUCGAUUAUGUUUGCAGUUAGUUAGCCAAGGAUUUGUGUCGUUUCAUGAAGAGAAGUUAAAGAUAGUUCAUAGAUAUAUCCCAGAAGUGAAUUUUGGAUGUACCGAGGAUCCCCUCAUUUGUAGACAAUGUUUUAAUUCGUUAAGCCUUCACGAUACUUUCAUAAAGACCUGUUUAGAUGUCGAGACGCAGAUUCACAGUAUAGGUGGCAACAAAAUCGCCAGUGACACCUUCAUUAAAAGCGAAGAGAAUGAAGUAAAAUUAGAAGAUGAACAGAUGGACGGUAUUGUUAAAAUUAAAAAAGAGUCGGAAGCAGAUAAAAUGCUAAUAAAAACGGAAGAAAUUGAUAUAAAAUUUGAAGGAGAGGAAUGGAAAAGUGACUCCUGUUCAUCCAACUUACGUAAUGAAAUAAUUGAAAAUAAAAUAAAACUCACUUACGAAGAGGCAGUCAAAAUAAACAAUGAAUACUUGCAUAUAUGCGAGUCAGGCCUUCAAAUAAGCAAAUGUGAUGCUCCAUUAGAUGUAUCAUCGCAUAAUAGUGGAUACAAAACUGAGCUUAAAAGUGGUUUAAAACAGGGAACUGUAAACGAAGACCCUUUGGAUAUCAAAAUGUACAAAUGUGAUGCUUGUACCUAUGAAGCUAAAUAUAGAAGGCUUCUGAGAGUGCAUCAGCUAGUGCACAAAGAUCCUUCAGAAAUAAAAUUGUACAAGUGCGAAUCGUGUACUUAUGAAACUAAGUAUAAGAGCGAUUUAAAAGGCCAUCAGUUAAUACACAAAGACCCUUCGGAAAUCACAAUGUACAAGUGUGAUGCUUGUACUUUUACAACGAAAUUUAAACGUCAUCUGAAAAAGCAUCAAUUGAUUCACAAAGACAUUUCGGAAAUCCAGAUGUAUAAAUGUGAUACUUGUGCUUACGAAACUAGGUAUAAGAGAUAUCUAAAAGUGCACCAGUUAUCGCACAAAGAUCCUUCCGAAAUCAAAAUGUACAAAUGUGAUUCUUGUCCUUAUGAGACUAAAUAUAGGUGUCACCUGAAAGCACAUCAGUUGGCACACAAAGACCCCUCAGAAAUUAAAAUGUACAAAUGUGAUUCUUGUACUUAUGAAACUAAAAAUAGGAGCCAUUUGAAAUCGCAUCAGCGAUCACAUAAGGAUUCUUCAGAAAUACAAAUGUACAAAUGUGAAUUGUGUAUUUUUGAAACUAAGUAUAAGAAUCAUUUGAAAAGGCAUCAGUUGUCGCACAAAGACCCUUCGGAAAUCCAAAUGUACAAGUGUGAUGUUUGUCCUUACGAAACUAAAUAUAAGAGUCAUGUAAAUAAACAUCGGGUAAUACACAAAAACGUCUCGGAAAUCCAAAUGUACAAGUGUUAUACUUGUACCUAUGAAACUAGAUAUAAGAAGAAUCUCAAUCAUCAUCAAUCUACACAUAGGAAAUAAGGAAUGUGAGACAUUUGAUUAAACGCUCUAAAUAAACCUUGGGGCGAUAAAUAAAUGGUCUUCGAAAAUUCGAGCAUUCUAAUGUAACGAAUGUGUUUAAUAGAGUUUAAAAAUUGCUGAAACUCCAAGGAUCCUCAAGAGUUUAAAUGUACAAAUAAGAUAAAUAAAACAGCCCAGAUAGGCAUUAAAUAAUACAUUGAAAACUAACUUCAGAUGCAGAAAAUAUAUAACUGGCCAAGUGUAGGUAACUAAUUAAACAGCAAAUUUUGUAUAUACUGAUUGGAGGCAAAAAACCUUCGAAAAUCUACAAUAAUGUGAUUUUAUUCACCAAUAUUUUUGUAUGGAAUGCAAAAUGUUAUUAAGAAAUAUUUGUCUGAAUGGAAAACAGAGAAAAUUGAAAGA